GCUACUUGUCUUUUAAAGGAGAGCCCCAUGUCCAAUAUUUCUGUGCAGUAAGCAUAAGGAGAACUCAAGGAAGUGCAAACACAAUGACUUCUUCCAUGUCCUUCCGUGGACUCUCUUCUUCCUCCUCUUCUAUUGUUAUAUCUCCAUGGUUUUACGAUGUAUUCUUGAGCUUUAGAGGAGAAGAUACUCGCAAUACUUUUAUUGCCCAUCUCCACCAUGCUUUGCUUCAAAAUGGCAUCCACACCUACAUAGAUGAGGACGAGCUUAGAAGAGGUGAUGAAAUCUCACCUGCACUUCUUGAAGCCAUUGAAAAUUCCCGACUUUCAAUUAUCGUGCUCUCAAAAAACUAUGCAUCAUCUACUUGGUGCUUGGAUGAAUUGCUCAACAUUCUCAAUUGCAAGGAAACAAAGCAACAAAUAGUUUUACCUAUAUUUUACCAUGUAAAUCCAUCAUAUGUACGAAAUCAAAGAGGAAGUUUUGGAGAAGCUUUGGCUGUAUAUGUAGGAAAAUUCAACGAAGAUGUGAAGAAGGUGCAAAGGUGGAAGGCAGCCCUACAAGAAGUGGCCAAUUUGGCUGGAUACGAGUUGGAAAAUGGGAAUGAAUCGAAAUUCAUCCAAGAAAUCGUUCAAGAGGUCUCUAGAAUGGUAAAUUAUUCAUAUCUAAACGUCGCAAAAUAUCUAGUUGGGCUGGAGUCUCGUGUGCAAGACAUUGAUUUGCUUUUAAGUAUCGGGAUGAAUGACAUACGCAUGGUGGGAAUAUUUGGAGUUGGUGGAAUUGGUAAGACAACAAUUGCCAAAAAGAUCUAUAACUCAAUUUUUUCACAAUUUGAUGUUCAUUGUUUCUUGACAAAUGUUAGAGAAACUUCAAACAAAGUGGGUGGCCUGGUCCAAAUGCAGAAUACACUUCUUAAUGAGAUUCUAAAAGCCUCUAAAUGUUUUGAUGUUGGUAAUGUUGAUAGAGGAGUUUAUGAGUUAAAGAGCAAACUUUGCUCUAGAAGGGUUCUCUUAAUUCUUGAUGAUGUGGAUAAGUUAGUCCAGUUAGAAACAUUAGCUGGAGAUCGUGAUUGGUUUGGUUUAGGAAGUAGAAUCAUCAUAACUACAAGAGAUCAAAAUUUAUUAAAUAACCAUAAGGUUGAUUCAAAAUAUGAAGUAAAGAGAUUGGACCAUAAUGAAGCUCUUGAGCUCUUUAGUUGGCAUGCUUUUGAGGAAGACAAACCUAUUGAAGACUAUGUGGAACUCUCUGAGCAAGUAAUAUCAUAUGCUGAGGGCCUUCCACUAGCUUUAACAGUGCUAGGCUCAGAUCUAAGGGGUCAAAGUUUAAAUCAAUGGAGAAGUGUAUUGGAUAAGUAUAAAAGAAUUCCUAGCAAAAAUAUUCAAGAAGUACUCUGUAUAAGUUACGAUGGAUUGGAUGAUAAUGAGAAGGAGAUUUUCCUCGAUAUUGCCUUUUUUUUCAAAGGACAACACAUGGAUUAUGUCGUUAAAAUAUUAGAUAGUUGUGGUUUCUCUCCGAACAAUGGUAUCAAAAGGCUUAUAGAUAAGUGUCUUAUAACAAUUACUAUUCACAAUACAUUGUGGAUGCAUGACUUACUACAAGAUAUGGGCAAAGAAAUUGUUCGAAAGGAAUCACGCAAAGAACCAGGUGCGCGUAGUAGAUUAUGGUUUCACGAAGAUGUUCGCUAUGUACUAGAGGAAAAUGCAGGAACAAACAAUGUUGAGGGGAUAAAAGUGGUUCUACCUGAGGGCGAUGAUCAUGACAUGAUACGCUUGAGUCCUAAAUCGUUUGCAAAGAUGAAAAGACUCAGAUUUUUUAUAAGCCGUGGUGCACGCUUUUCUGGAAGAUCAAUUGAUUAUCUUUCUAAUGAAUUAAGAGUGCUUGAUUGGUCAAACUGUCCUUUACAAUCUUUGCCAUCCAAUUUUCGUGGAGAGAAGCUCAUUGAUUUUCAACUGUAUGGAGGCCGCAUCAAGGACAUUAGCGGCCAAUUUAAGAACUUGAGGAUAAUGAAAUUUUCUGAGUGUAAGUUCUUAACCAAAAUCUCAAAUAUUUCAAGUUGCUCAAAUUUAAAGGAAUUGGAUAUUUUGGGUUGUAAAAAUUUAGUCGAAGUUCAUGAUUCUGUUGGAUUCCUGGAUAAGCUUGUUCGUUUGCGUCUUUAUCAAUGCUCCAACCUGAAGAGUUUCCCAAGGCGUCUCACGUUGAGAUCUCUAGAAGUCCUUACACUUCAUAAUUGCUCAAAACUUCAAAACUUUCCAGAAAUCAAGUGUAAAAUGGAAUAUUUAUGUUUCAUCUCAUUAUGGGGCACUGCAAUAAAAGAAUUGCCUUCAUCCAUUGGGUACCUCACUCCUGCGCUUAAAGAGUUACUUCUGGACCAAUGCACAAAAUUUAUGUGUCUUCCUAGUAGCAUUCAUCAGUUGCAAAAUCUAAAGGUGCUUUGUCGCAGUGAUUGUAUUAAAGGAUGCUUCACUGGGAUUGAACAUUUAUCUAUAGAAGGUUCCAAAGACUUGAUGCGUCUCCCAAUCAGCAAUUCUCACUCGCAACAUCGAAAGAGUCUUUCUUUCCAUAAUUAUACAAAUCUUUUAAAAGAAGAAAUAAAAUUAUCAUUUGGGGACGUCACUAGGUUUAAACAUUUCCACAUAACAAUAUUCAGACCGAUUAAGAGGUCUGAACCAGAAUCAAGUGCUGAAUUACCACCACAACUCCGGUCGUCGCUUUAUUGGUAUCUUGAGGAGUUCUCAUUUUAUUGCUCAUCCACUUUGCAAGAGUUAGAUCUAUCUGGAAUUGUUAUUGUCAGCAUUCCUUCGUGCAUCGAAAUCUUUGUUGAAUUGAGGAUUCUCAAACUAUGGCAUUGUGAGAAACUUCAAGAAAUUCUGCAUCUUCCACCAAAUAUACAAGAGCUAUAUGCUAGUGAGUGUAUAUCCUUGGAAAGAUUCCCCGAAGUAUCAAAAAAAUUUCAAUUCUAUACAUCAUGUGGCUUGGGAGAGCUAAAAUGGAUUGAUUUGUCCAGUUGCCAUAAAUUGCUUGCAAAUAUAGGGAGUCAAGUGCCAAAUGCUUUAUUUGUUGAGGAACAUAUUCAGGACCAUUCAUGUGGAAUUAUAUUUCCAGGAAAUAAGAUUCCAGAUUGGUUUAGCCAUACUAAGGAGCCUUCAAAUAGAGAUUCGUGUGAAUUGGAUAUUAGUGGGCCCUUGUAUUUGGAUGAAAUCAUAGGAAUUGUUUUCUGUGCUGUUCUUGGAUCCAACCCGGAUGACUCCCCCUCCGGUAUUCGUGUUUUUAUAGACAAUAACAUGCUUGUAGAAGCAAAUUUUGAAUUAUUAGGAGAUGGGGAUCAUGUAUAUCUAAAUUAUUCAUUUCCAAAAUGUAUCAAGCAAUGGCUACAGUACCCAACAGGAGCCAAUCUGAGGUUUAUAUUUCAUAGAAAUGAAGAAGUUGCAGCGAUGUUUAAAAGUUGCGGAGUUCACAUAAUCUAUAAGCAUGAAGAGAAUGAGAGUUUAACAGUUGGGGAGUGCUCAGUAGAUUUAUCGAAUGGUAUCCAACUUUGUAAGAGACGCCGAGAUAUUGAUGAAGAUCACAACUUGGAAUUCAACGGGUGUCCACAUUACAAGAGGCGCUCUCAAAACUAAAGCAAUUCAAAUGUGGUUGUCAAUUGCGCAGAUGUUGACGGUGAUUUUGUAGAAGCAGAAGGAGGCUCUAAGGGAAGUUUAAAAGAAGAAUAAGUACUUGCCUCUCAAUCUAUAUCCCAAGAAGGCCAGGGCAAUUCGGAGAAGGCUUACUAGGCACUAGGUUAGUGUCUUUGCAUUGAUAAAAUUCCCCAGUUUUUAUUUUUUAUUUUUUUAUUAUUGGAUUAAUUUUAUUGGAUUGGCUUCAUGAUAUUAAUGGCAUGUUCAAGGAUUUUAUGCUACCGAUGCAAAAGGGUUUCUCAAAUGUCUAAGAAGUAUGUGGCUCAAAUCAAGUGGAACACAUCUUACAGAUAAAGCAGGCUAAUGCCGAAAGUGGAGCGAGGUGUUAGUUGUCAAUCCACAUCAUCUUCCUACUCAGAUAUAAAACCAAGCAACUCCAAGUCAGUUGCACAUGAGGAUCCAAAACCAGCUCAGGAAAAAGAAUCUUCUGGAAAACAAUUAGAUGUGAUCUAAUAAUAUUGUGUAAUUUAGUUUUUGUACUGAGGAAUUUUCCCUUCUGUUGUAACAAAAUCUUACAGUUGGCACUAGGCCAUUGGCCCACCACAUGUCUGUAAAAAUGUCAGAAUCAUCUUGGCACAUCACUCUCUAUAAAUAGGACAUUGUACAAACAAUACAAAUCAAUUGAGAGGAAUAUUUGAAAA